ACCAAUUGACAGUUACACAAUAUGGAGAUUUCCUUGCGCAACAUCGCUCUAGCAGUUACCACAGAUGACUUGACAAUUGCGUUCGCCGAGAUACUGCAUAAGCCCCCCUUCCAAACCAAUCCUCUUCUGAAUUUUGAAAUCCACCUCUCAGAUGAGUCACAGCCUAACGGGCAACAAGGCACCCUCGCUCUGCCAACAGAGGAUGCUGGGGUCACUCUCUUGCGUGCUCAUGGUGACGCAGGGAUUGUCAUCAAAGGCAGGCCAAUCCUCCUCAGCAGGAGCACGCAGGUGAUCCAUGAGGCCCGUAUUCAGAGGUUGAAUAAUGUUCCAUGGUGCGACCCAAUACAAUUACGAAAGGAGCAGGAAAGGCUUUUCAGAAGACAUGGGUCUUUCCAGCUUCUUCGGUACUCGUUCGGCCGCUUCCUCCGGGACGGAUCUUUUUCUUCGCGAGUCUCCCCUCCUGGCACAGCUUCUAUCAUCUGUGACCUGGAGCGUCGGCAGCUACGCUUCACUUUCCGUCCACAGCUUAACCAGUAUGACGACGAUGACUAUAUCGAUUGGGAGGAGAUCGCGGGGUACCCAACCGUCACCGCAUUUUAUUCGCUUCAGAGUAUUGCAACGCUAGUGGGUAGCCGGGAUGAAGACACGACUGUCCUACUCAUUCGUGCCGAUGCGCCCCCUGUGUACUCCUUGGAUAGCGAGGCCGAUGGAGUUGAGGAUACCAUCCCUAACCGUCUGGUCGGCUUGGGGCGUGAUACUUACAUGCCCCCAGGCUGCCAUAAUCUGAUGCUGACCUUCAGCAGCCAGUCAGAUGCGGAUAUGUUCGUUUACGCUUGCCGCAAUCGUCUUCAUCUGCGUUACUCCACACAACACCGUAUCCGAAUUCAUAAUCACAUCUCGAACAGCGUUUCUGAUGAUAUCCUUCACGAGUUCUACUCUCAGAUACCGUACAAGCUCGGGUUCGAGGUGCAAAAGACCGCUUCAGAUUCUGUUUUGACUGGGAUGGACAUACUAUCGCUGAAGGAGGCCAUCCUCUCGCUGCAAGUUGAACAUGGCGACGAUGCGCCAGAAAUCUUUCGGUCCUUUGCCUCAGAGCUUGCAGGACGUAGUGCCAGUCGUACAAAACGUCGCAAACGUCGGGCACAGCGGCAAUCAACCCAAGAGAAUUUGCCCUCUCUUCUUCGCCGAGUUACGCAAGAAUUUGUCAGAGAUCAUCAAAAGCCGCGUCCUCUUCUAGCUCCGCCACCACAAAGUGGGGUAUACUUAUCCUACCAUCUUAUCCGAACGCCGACACGGGACAUCCUAGAGGGACCUAUUCCAGACCAGUCCAAUAGUGUCUUACGCCGCUAUGGACAUUCUGAGUGCUUCCUGCGUGUCAGUUUCCAGGACGAGAAUCGAUCAAAGCUUCAUCGGGAGGUCGAUUGUUCCAUUCUAGACCUUUUGAGGGUGCGAUAUCGCUCUACUCUCCUCAAUGGCUGUCGCGUGGCUGGACGCCAAUUCCAGUUCUUGGGAUAUUCGAUGAGCGGUCUGAAAGAACAUUCGGUGUGGUUUAUGACACCAUUCAAAGGUGAAAAUGGGAAGCUACUAAAUGCACAAUCGAUCCGGGACAACCUGGGCGAUUUCUCCAAACUUCACAAACAACCGGCUCGUUUAGCUGCAAGGUGGUCUCAAGCCUUUUCUGGCACUGAUCCAUCGAUCACACUUCUUCCCGAAGAAGUAGAUUUUCAUUGUCCCGACAGACACUCGCCUUCUGGCGGGCUUAUGACAGAUGGGUGCAGCUCCAUAUCGGUUGAGCUUGCCAGGGACAUAUGGAGGUCUUUGCAGCGGGGCAAAAAGCGAUCUGCGAAGCUGCGACACGUUCCAUCGGCCUUCCAAUUUCGACUCGGCGGCGCCAAAGGCAUGGUCGUCCAAGAUCCUACCAUUCAAGGCAAACUCGUCCGCUUUCGUCCAUCACAGAUCAAGUUUGAUGCACGGGAGAACCUCACUUUUGAUGUCCAAUCGACAUCAGCGGAACCAAAAUUGAUGUUCCUCAAUCGUCCACUCAUCUCUUUGAUGGAGUUCUUGGGUGUGGACACCCAAAGAAUUAUUGAACUGCAGGACGACGACAUCCAUAAAGCCCAAUCCGUCCGAUCGUCGUGCACCGAUGCCUCAAAAGUUAUCCAGCAACACGGAAUGGGGGCAUCUUUCCAUCUGCCAUCUCUCUUUUCAAAUCUGUCCUCCAUUUUACAAUUGGAAAUCGGACACACGGAGAGUGAUCCGUCUCGGUGGACCAGUCAGCUCAUAGAAAGCUCCCUGCACUGCGUUGAGACGGAAAUCCUACGGGAGCUGAAGUACCGUGCGCACAUAGCAGUGUCAGGUUCGUAUACCUUGCUUGGCGUUUCCGAUGAAUGGGACUGCCUUAAGGAGGGAGAAAUUUACGCAACCGUGUUUGAUGAAAGGACGGGAUUUGUUCAGCGCAUCACGGGCAAUAUUGCCAUAACACGCAGCCCACAGAUUCACCCAGGCGACGUGCAGAUUGUGAAAGCCGUACACCGACCAGAGUUGGAUCACCUGAUGAAUGUCGUCGUGUUUUCUUGCCAGGGUGAACGAGCUCUUGCAUCGUGUCUGGGUGGGGGCGAUCUUGAUGGCGAUACCUUCAACCUAAUUCUUGAUCCGAGGUUGCUACCAACGAAACUCUUCGUACCCGGAGCGUAUACGGCAGCAACCAUCAAAUCGACACCAAUGGCAUGUGGCAUCUCUGAUGUCGUAGACUUCAUAAUCGACUAUAUUCAAGCGGACCUCAUCGGUCCGAUUGCCAUAAGUCAUCUCAGGUUUUCUGACCUGAAGGAUCCAAGUUGCACCGAAUGCGUUAAGCUCGCGAAUUAUGCCUCACAGGCGCUCGAUUUUCCGAAGAGCGGCACUCCUGUCAACUUCAGGUCCAUACCGUGGCUUCCGAGGAAUCAAGCUAGGCCUGAUUUUCUUGCCAAAGAAGGUGCUAAUAUCGCCAGCGAGCAGUACUAUAAAAGCCCAAAGCUGCUCGGUGAACUCUACCGUCGGGUACCAAUGAUGAGGGGUAUACCUACUGCAUGGAACGGGAACUCCUCCCCAUCCGAUGGAGCCAUUGUGGAGGUCGCGCUCUCUCGCGUGAGCCUCCAUAGCCUUGGCCUUUCAGGAUUGACCGAUCCGAGCGAAGAGUUGAUGGAGGAGAUGUCAUAUUUACUCCAUGCGUAUUGCGAACAGCUACUGAUUGUCGGGCAAGCGCAUACAAUUUCGAAAAACAAGGCUAUCCACGUCUCCGAGGCAGAGCUGGUGAGCGGGACCAUCAUGGCGAAUUGGUCCGACCAUCAACGUCGGCGGAAUGCAGUUUCUUCGAUGAACUUGCAGACACAUGGGCUCGUCCAGAAGAUCAGGAAAGAACUCCAGGGGGAGGAUCCGCAGACAUUGGAGACGGAAACGAAUGAAGAAGAAGAGGAGGAGGAGGAUUACGAGGAUUGGACCUUUCACGAAGAAUCAGAACAGCGAGAGAUGGCAGAAACAUUCAAGCGCUCUUGGGCAGCGUGGUGUGUAGCAGAAGAUACCCUAAAGGAAGAACCGAGCAAGUUUGGAGUUCAGAGCUUUGGUUUAAUCGCUCUGGGCAGGAUGCUAGAGAUUGUGAAGGCGUCUCGUCUCAUGUGAAGGAUCGGGUAUCAGAGUUGAGUGGUCUGCCACUGGUCAUUCGUGCACGAAAUAUGCCCAACUAUAGGCUUGGUUGGAUAGCAGGAACUGGGAAAUGGUGAUGUAGCCAAGGAUUUGCUUGUAAGCUCAGGAGAAAUGUAUACUAGUAGUCUCUGUAAAACACAAAUUUUGGUUCUCG